CUUAACUUUUCACAAACUUAGAGGACCAAAUUUUAUUAAGUGCAUACUUGGGGACUAUUUUCGUCAUUGUCUCCUUCUUUUAUGGUGUGGUCUCCUUGCCUCAUUCUCCCAUCAGUUUCCAAUGAGCUUAAUUUUUCGCCAUUGAAGUAAGGUCAGUCCCACUGAAUCCCCCUGCCCACCCUGCCUAUCUUUCUCCAAUCUCACAGGCACACCACACGAGGUCCUUAUUUUGGAUCGCCACCAAGUGCAUCACUGGCUCAUGGAGACAAGGCGUGAAAAUGAACCAGAAGUAGACAUCAAGGCAUCAGAAAUCAAAUAUGUUAGCUAUGGGGGUGAACAUCAUCUACCUCUUAUCAUGAACCUUGUCGAUGAAGAGCUUAGUGAGCCCUACUCCAUCUUCACUUACCGCUACUUUGUCUAUCUUUGGCCACAACUGUCUUUUAUGGCCUUCCAUAAUGGGAAAUGUAUAGGGACGGUGGUCUGCAAGAUGGGAGAGCAUCGUGGUACAUUCAGAGGUUACAUUGCAAUGCUUGUCGUGCUUAAGCCUUACAGAGGCAAAGGAAUUGCUACAGAACUUGUCACGAGAUCAAUCAAGGUGAUGAUGGAAUCUGGUUGUGAAGAGGUGACUUUGGAAGCAGAAGUUACGAAUAAAGGAGCACUCGCUUUGUAUGGCCGUCUUGGAUUUAUUAGAGCAAAGAGACUUUUUCGUUAUUAUUUGAACGGUGUAGAUGCUUUCCGGCUGAAGCUAUUAUUUCCACGCUCAGAAUCACAGCCCUUUAAUUCCACGGCUGAUGCUGGUGGUGAGAGCCUCGAGUAUAAUGAGCACAUACAUUGUGGAGAGAAUCCCCCUUGUUGCCAAUACAACAUGUAAACUGAACAUUGUGAUUAAACAGGUAACUUGUGCCGGUGUUGCUCAGACACUUCAAAAAUGUCAACAAGUGCGUGUCGGAUACUCCAAAAUGAGAAUCCAACACCGGUACGACAACAAUUUUUGAGAGAUGGAGCAACAUAGACUUGUGCUAUGUUGUUGCCAAAUGCCAAAGAGACCACAUUAGACCGCCUUUUUCUCUUUAUAAUCCCCAAUUUUGGUAGAAAUUUUUUGUUUUGUCUAGUUGUAGAAACUGAGAUCUGGUUUGCGGGAAGGUUUAGUCAUCAAUCACUUGAUUAUUGAUGCAUCUAUGCUCUGAAAAAUGUUUAAUGACCUCUGCUUUCAUCCCUUAAAUCGACAGGAAAUUCGAGAAACACAUUGUGUUAACGAGACAUUUGAUUAUGUUCAAGCAGUAAAUCCUUGGCUCGAUGUUUGUAUUAAGUCAAUAAAUGCAUAACAUGUAUUUACUACGUUCUUGUUCGUAACAGAACAAGAACAUAUUUCUUUGAAGUUGCUGGAUGAGAAUGGUUAUUAUUUA